GAAGGGUUUAUGCAUUAGCAGAGUACUCAAAAACCAAACUCUGAAGUGUACAAAUAACAGAGAAGAAACUGAGCUGGAAAUUGACCAAAGAGUAAAUUUGAGGUGGUUAGGGGGUAAAAUGGGCAAAGAAACAAAAAGUACUAGCUCAAACGGCGGAGCUACAGCUGGAGCAGCUGGAGGAGGCUUUAGGUCAAGAAUGGAUCAUUACUUAUACAGUGGAGAGAAGAAGCACGUGUUUGCCGGCAUCGUAAUCAUCACUGCAAUUUUCGGAGUGCCUUGGUAUCUCAUGAAUCGAGGAUCAAAGCAUCAGUCACACCAAGAUUACUUGGAAAAGGCUGACAAGGCACGGAGUGCACGUCUCUCGUCAGCUUCAUUGCCUUCUAAAUGAUACUUUCGCAUAUCAUGUGAAAGGACUAGCAUUUCCUUCAACUGCCUUCUAGAUGGUUCGGUAGGUAUACAAUCUCUUUAUUCUAUGGUGCCGCUAGUGUCUUGAUUUGUGAAAAUUAGUCUGAGAUUCCCUUUGUGGGUGAAGUUUUUGUUUAACGUCUUCCAGUUGGGUUAGAGAUAGAAUGAAAAACAAUAAUGCUCAAGGGAGUAGAUACUUUUUCAUUUGUUCAUCGAUUUGCCAAUUUGGUCAACAGAUUGGUAGGCUAUAACUCGAUGCUUGGGAUGCUCAGUUUUUAUAACCUGAGAAAUAAAAAUACUGUUCAAUA